GCUCCCCGCUGCCCUGGUGCAACUGCGAAGCCAGCGGCUCCUGCCCGGAAGAUACAGCGCAGCUUUGCCAACCACCGAGAGUCGAGCGCAUUAUUUCUGAUUUUCCCCCAAACCCUGCCUGUGUUUUGCGUGGUGGUUUACUGCCAAGUCCCAUCUGCAUCCUGAAGAAACGCCAUGAACAGUGGCGUGUGCCUGUGCGUGCUGAUGGCGGCCCUGGCGGCAGGCGCCCUGGCGCAGCCCGUGCCCCUGCCAGACUUGGGGGGCCCUGCGGCCCAGCGGGACCAGGAGGCGACCCGAAGGCAGCUGAGGGCAGUGCAGAAGCUUGACGGCGAGCCCCGAGCGCACCUGGGCGCGCUGCUGGCCAGAUACAUCCAGCCGGCCCGGAAAGCAGCUCCUUCUGGCCGAAUGUCCCUGAUCAAGAACUCGCAGAACCGGGACCCCAGAUACAACACAGGUGACCGGGACUACAUGGGCUGGAUGGACUUCGGCCGGCGAAGCCUCGAGGAGUAUGAGUACCCCUCCUAGGGCCCUGGCCCCCCUCAGUGCCCCGGCAAGCACCCUCCUGACUCUCGGGGGCAGAAAAACAACACAAUCACACUCAUAACUAUAGUCUGUGAAGUUGGGCAUUUUCAGUGUCUAUUUAUCAAGUUCUCAAUGUGAAAAGUCUGUAGGUCGCCUGGCGCAGCCACACACCUCAGCAGAAUUGUACGAAUGGAAGACACACACGUCCCCUCCUCCAUGACUCCUGGUCCCCAAGUAUUGCUGUGCUAUUAAAGUGAUUUCAUUCUGCA